AUGCCUGGAAGUACUCUUCCUCCUUUCCCGAACGAUGUCCGAACACAUCCACUCUUGAUUAUUGAUUACGAGCUCAUCAAAGCUGGAGACGCGGAGGAAGUAAACCGACUGUGGGAGGCAGCGACAACUAUCGGAUUCUGGUAUUUAAAGAAUCACGGCGCAGACCAAGAAGUUAGCGACAUGUUUGAUAUGGGAGCUGAGACGAUGGCCCUGCCCCUCGAAGAACGUAUGAAGUUCGAGCAAGGAGACAGCGGACGAUCUUUCGGGUACAAGAAAGCAGGGGCCAAUGCGAUUGAUGCAACUGGCGCAAUCUUGGACGCUGUCGAAUUCAUAAACGUCUCUAAAGAUGAUGCUUUGGCAUAUCCGCAGGUCAUUCACCGUACCUACCCAUCAACCGUAAAUGCUCGCAUGGAAAACACGAUUGCACCAUUUGUCCACAAGGGUCUCGAGGUGACAUAUGUUGUAUUGAAUAUAUUCAAUGAUAGGCUUGGACUGCCGAAAGGGACUUUGGAGAGACUGCAUGACAUGGAGGAGUACAGUGGUAGUGAGGCUAGAUGCAUUCGCAGCCCUCCUGUGCUGGUUGAAGAAACGACGAAAAGCGCUGUGUUAGGUGCUCAUACUGAUUUCGGUAGUCUGAGCUUCUUGCACAAUCGCCUCGGUGGACUUCAAGUGCUCCCCCCGGGCCAUGACGAGUGGUCCUACAUUCGACCCAUCCCUGGACAUGCAGUUUGCAAUGUUGGAGAUGCAUUGUCUCUUUUCAGUGGAGGCAUCCUGCAAUCUAACAUUCACCGUGUUGUUCCACCUCCCGGUGUACAAGCCGAAUACGAGCGGUGGUCCUUGGUUUUCUUUACCCGUCCGGGUAAUAUGAAAGUCCUCCGGGCUCUUGUUGAAUCCAGCCAUAUUAUUGCAGAAGCGGUGAAGAAGCAACCUGACAGGAACUUUGAGACUGAUUCCACUGCUGCGGAGUGGUUCGCGAGAAGAAUCAAGUAUCAGAGAAUUAAUAACAGAACGGGUCCAGAAUCUUGGGCUGCAAGCCGAGGGACGGAGCAUACUCCGACGGCGGCCUAGGCUAUGAAUUGUCUGUCCAGCUAAUCUGAAGCAAGGUCAUCGCCGGCGACAGUGCCUAAAUCAGAAAAGGGUGGGUGGUCAAACUUAAGACAUGGUAUUGUGGGGGAAAGGUGCUUGUAUGGAUAUUGUAAGUCGUAGCAUAUGUACUGUCGUGUACGUGGCACCAGCACCACGAAAUGAUGUCUUGACUAUCGCAAGAUGUCACUUA